UCCCCCUGGAUUUUUGCUUCCCAACAACCCAUUUGGCAGUUUUUCAGGUAAUAGUCACUGUUGAUGGAUCUGGCCAGUAAACCUGUGUACUCAGUAUGAUAUUCUUUGCUUCAGAGCCAUGGGUUUUCUAACCCCAAACAACCUACAUAAUCUCUCAUUAACUGAAUGAAUACCACCUUGAAUUUAUAAGAACUGUCUUCACGUUUCACCGUAAGCCAAAAACUUUCCCGUUUUUUGAAUGAAUCAUUUAAAAUGAAGAGUUGCUGCGCUUGUGCUUAGUCUUAGUUUGUUGUUAUUCAAAUUGUGUAACAUGCAGAACUUUUGGGGGGAACUCAUCAAAGUUGGCUUUAUGCAAGUCUUUUAACUUAGCACCCCUGGUGGGCCCUAAGUUUCAAACCGUAUAUAUUUUCUUUUUUUACUGAAAAUGGUUUAAUCAACAGAAUACUGUUUUAUGAAAUUGAGAAUUUAGGUUUCUCUCAUGUGGACUCAUCUUGAUAAUAAAAAACUAAAAAGUCCUAAAAUGGACUUUGUUGAACUGUGGGGGUUGACAUAUCAGGUACAGUAGGGUCAGUACUGAUGAUUUAAAAAACCGCCAAAAUAUUAAUUUUGUUUCCAUUAAAGUGCACAGUUUAAUUUAUGAUGAAUUCUUUUGCACUUGAGCUUGUUUCUUCAUUUUGGAGAUGCAUGCUUUAAAUACAAAGCUUCAAAAUCUAACAACUCUGACAUUGUUAAAAAAUAUUUUGGAAUUUCAAAAUCUCUUCCAAUGAGUAAUUUAUUUGAAAAUUCAUGAGGACUCAGCUUGCUUGCCGACAUAACUCACAGGUUGCUUAGAUAUUUUAAAAAACAGAUUACUGAUUUUAACUGAAUGCAAUGCCAAGGACUGAUUAAUUUUUAUAUACAGAUAUUUUGUGGUGGUCUUCCUUAGUCUGCAUUUAAAAGCAGAAUUUAUAAAAGGAAACAUCAUUCUUUAGAUAAUGCACCAAUUAAAGCCCUUUUAGGGGCUUAUUGGGGAGAAAAACACCAAGAGGAAGAUCUUAAAAUUAAACUAUUUUAAUGUUUUUACUUUAGUUCUGUUUUCCUAACAGAACCUCCAAUGAAAUACCACAGUAUUAAAAAAAAACACAAAAAAAAACAAAGACACAACUAUCCUUUUAGAUGAUAAUCAGUAAUCUCUUUAAUAACUAUAUACAUUGCCUCAUCCAGCCCCUUAGUGACAUAAAAACAGUAAAAAGGUAGUUUUUCCAUUUGCUAGGGCAGUAGGAGUUUGCAGAGUCCAGACUAGCAGUCGAGUGGAUUUGCAUCGGUCUUCAGAGGUUUGGCAAGGGCCCAAACAUUAGGAAUAAAGUAUCUUCAGAAGCCUGUUAAUUGAAUUCUGGCCACAUUUAAGGUCCCACCCCUGCAAUCACUGAAUCCUGUUAACUUAGUCGAGUGACAACCUGCUGCUGAUCAGAUUAGUAAAAUAUUCCAUGUUGGUGACCUGGUCGCUUCCCAACUCAGCCCUGCCAGGACCGACUGCCUAGGAAGAGCGUAUGGAAAGGUUCCGGCGAAAACUGCAUGCACUUGACUUCUAUCAGGCCCUCCCUCCCAGGGGGAAAGAUUCAAAACACAUUCUGAUCCCCGAAGGCUUCCCUUGCUGGGGUGAGGUUGGUAAAGCACCAGGUAACAACUUUUAUUGCAUAACGACAUGGGAAUUUUGUCCACAUUCCCCCUCCUCGACAUAAACUCUAUGAUUAGAGCUGGCGCAUAUGAGAUUUUCACUGUGAGAUACUUAAAGAGAGGUUCAAACUUAUUUUUUUGAAGUAUUUUAACAAGCCUCCACGGUAUUCAUGUCUCCCAGCAUUGCGAGAGAACGCGGGUAGAUUGAUAUUAAACUGUCUCUGUGGCUAGGAUUUUCCGUAUGCAAUUAUGAAAAUUAAAGUUUUAUUCAAAGAACAGAGUGGUUUGGGGUCAUUCUUUGGUUUGACAAUCACUUAUUUUUUCUUGAAUUCUGGUAUUCGGGGGAGUCAUUUGACAUUCCACUGUUAAUGUUGUUUGUACAGUAAGUUCGUAUAUUAAAGGGUUAUUUUUAGAUGGUUAAUUACUGGGCGGAAGACGCUGUGAGGUGUACCUGAGUUAAGCCUUGAGCCUGUAAAAUAGAUCUGAGAGUGUCUGGCCUCUUGAUAGAAUUGAAAUUUUACCUUCAGACUCUUCUGGCUAUGUCCCUUUUCUUAAAGCCUUAUUUGGCAUUACUGUGCCUCAGUGAGGUGUUUGCUAUCAGAAAGAAGGCUCUCUUGUGUAAUACGGGAUCCAAAUUAGACAUCUCAAGUAUUGUCAUUCCGAGUUCACAUCACCAUCAAAAUAAAUGUUAGCCAUGAGAGCCUCGAUAACAGGAUCACCAAGUGCUAGAGUUUAAAAUAGCUGUCAUCUGAUACCAAUAAUGACCUGGUGAAAUUUUGCAGCCCUCGGGAGGCUAUACAGAAAGUGAACCAAAAUGGAGGACUGUCCUAUGUCCCUUGGUUUUAAGAACAUUUUUGUUACGAUUUUUGCUGCCUUUUUUUUCUUUAAGCUUUUAAUUAAAGUGUUUUUGGCUCUAUUAACCCAUUUCUAUAUUGUCAAGGGGAACAAAAAGGAGGCUGCCAGGAUAGCAGAAGAAAUCUAUGGAGGAGAUGAAACAGUAGAAAUGCUCAAUCUAAUUGGAGAAACCAAGCAGAAAUAUGAAGUUCAAGCAACAAUAUCCAGUGUGUGGAAAGAGAUUUCUUUUGGGGACUACAUUUGUCAUUCAAUUCAGGGAGAUUGUUGGGCUGAUCGAUCACCACUUCAUGAAGCUGCAUCUCAAGGACGCCUGCUGUCCCUCAAAAAUUUACUUGCACAGGGAGUCAACGUGAAUCUUGUGACCAUAAACCGGGUCUCCUCUCUCCAUGAGGCCUGCCUUGGUGGCCAUAUGGCCUGUACAAAAGUCUUACUGGAGCAUGGUGCUUCUGUCAAUGGAGUCACUGUGCAUGGGGUCACACCUCUCUUUAACGCUUGUUCGAGUGGAAGUGCAGCUUGUGUCCAGUUACUGCUCGAAUAUGGAGCCAAGCCACAGCUAGCUGAUCACCUGGCUUCACCCCUCCAUGAGGCAGUGAAGAGAGGUCACAGAGAAUGCAUGGAGAUUCUGCUGGACAAUGAUGUCAAUAUUGACCAGGAAGCCCCUCUUCACGGCACUCCGCUCUAUGUGGCCUGCACAUACCAGAGGACAGACUGUGUCCGGAAGCUACUGGAGCUAGGAGCCAACGUUGACCUAGGCAAAUGGUCCGAUACCCCCCUCCAUGCUGCGGCGAGGCAGUCCAGUGCCGAAGUCAUCCACCUGCUGACAGAUUACGGGGCCAGUUUGAAAUAUAGAAACUCUCAAGGGAAAUGUGCUCUAGACCUGGCAACUCCCCAAAGCAGCGUGGAACAGGCCCUCCUGCUUCGGGACGGCCCCCCCUCACUUGCUCAGCUCUGCCGACUCUGCAUCCGAAAGUGCUUGGGUCGAUCGUGCCAUCGUUCCAUCUAUCAAUUGUGUCUUCCAGAGCUACUUGAAAAAUUCCUCUUAUAUCGAUAGUUGCCAUCCUCCUUAAAAGUUCUUAUUAAUCGUGAAUAGAUAUACGUUUGCCCCCACAUAAAUACUUUUCAAGGUGUUGUAUUAACAUCCAUAGCUACCAAAGUGACUAGCUGCCAGGUUAGACUGGACACUAAGGGAGUUGCUUUCUGUUGUUUUAGAGUGAAAAUAAUUCUCCCAAAUGUUGAUGUUCUCAUUAGGAUUGGUCAGUACAGAUAUACUCAGGCCUCUGCCAAGGGACUGUGCAGACCAGAAUUGAUAGGUACCGUGGGAGAAAUGUUGGAACUCAGAGCAUCUUGUGGGGUCUCAGUCCAGAUCUGGUUCCCAGUUUACUGCUGUAGCGAGGACACGGCCCUGGAAACAGCUCCACUGCAGUUCAGAGUUGUCAGUCCUCUCCGGCUGUCACCAUGGUCACUUCCUCAAACUUCAUCGGCCACUAAACGAGCUCCUAGCCAAAGACUGUUCACCCACCAGAAAGGUGACCAUUCAGUUGGAACUUCAUCCUAGGACUGGAUGGUACCGACAGUACUCCUCCAGCCACUCUUCGAUCCACACUGUACCGUAAGCGGCCUUCUUGCUCAGUUUUCUUGGUGGGGUCAUCUCAGCUGCUUAAACACUGGGCUCAAGUUAAUACUAAAUGGGAAAAUGAUUUUGUGGACCUCUGUACACUAGCAAACACCUGAGGUCCCUCAGCACCAUGGCUCAUCCACCGCUCUUGUUUGUCUUCCCCAACCACAUGCUUUGGCUCUUCCGUGCUAUCGUUUAGUUUUUUGGCCCGGACAAGGCAGAGAGAUUAAAAGGGCAAAGGAAAUUCUUCCAGCUCAGUUUUAACCAGGUUCUAACAUUGGCAAAAAAUAAUAGCUUAUCUGAAGGUUUUUAUUUGUGAGGUAAGUAAAUGAGUGAAUUGAUUGUGAAGGAGAGGCUGACUUGAUUAUAUACCAUGAGCAGAUCUAUGUAUCUGUGUUUCCUUUCCUCCCCCACCCCCCACCUCCUGAUAGGGGAAAAAAAAAUAGGACCUAGGAGUUUCCUCUGCUCUGGGUAUCCUCUCAUUCCCUGCAGUCCUAGAAUGGGCAGCAGGAAAAGGAGCCCACCUCAGGGCUAGAAAAUGGGGCUUGUGUAUCUCCUGUGAUAUGAUCACUGGGUUGAGGAAGAUGAUGAUGACGUUGACUUAGAGCACAAAGGAUGAGCCUCAGUCCUGACAUUUUGGGACUGAGAACCUUGCUGUAAGUGUUGAGAUAGAUCACACUGUAACCAAAGAUUUCUGCCAACAGAGAUGUUGGAGAUGGGACAGUGGUGGGGAAAAUGAGUUUGACUCUUGGGUUGGAUAGAUCAAGUUUUUCUGACCAUUCUCAUUUCAGACCUAUAGUAUCCUUGAAUUUUCAGGCACAUGAGACUAUAAAAUGGUAGCUGCACUAAAUUAAAUAAUAGUUCUGAUGUGGAUUCGUGACAGGAAAAAGACUAGGGGUGUAAGACAAGGUUUGGACCCGGGACUAGAAAUGAAUAUAGAACUGUUAGACAAACACAUAUAAUUAGUUUAUUUUUUAAUUGGCUCCACUGAUUUUUCUUGUAGUCUGUGUUGAUUUUCAUAGUGGUAGAAUUGCGGUAUUUGGCAAAUAAAGUAUUCGUUUGAAUCCCAAA